GGAAAACUGCUCAUACUGUCUGUGAAACAGGUUGGGCAACAAAAAGAAGUACAUAUGUGCUCUGAAGUAGUGGAGAUGAAGAGGGUCUCCAGCUCACCUCUUUAUGUAACUGCUGCUCUCAGCAAUGCAGGUAGUGUUUAGUGAUACUAGCUCUGAGGAACCACUAAAGCAUGGCUGACACACUUCAGGUUGGUCAUAAACCUAAUCUGCUGUCCAGAUUCACUUUUUGGUGGGUGAAAGAUGUUCUAAUUAAAGAUGCUGGAAAAGAGUUGGAACAUGAUUUUAUGCCUUUCCCUCUCAGUGUGGACAGUCCUAAGGAGUUCGGAGAUAAAGCAGAGAGGUCAGAAAUAAAGUCUUGUAAGAUCUCUGUGUGCACAAGCCAUGACGAAUGUGUCCCUUUUGAAUAUUGAAAGCAAGUAGUCAAAGUGUG